AUGACAUAAACGCAUUGAUGUUUUGGUUCUAUUGAGGUUAUUUAUUACUUACCUACUGAUUUUAUGUGAUUACUUAGUGUAUUAAUUAAAAUAAAGCUAGAAUUAACCUUUCGAUAAUUUAAAUUCAUAAAUUCCUCAACAAUGGAAGACAAUGAAGAAAUUGAUUAUGUUGCAUCUGAACACGACCGUCUCGUUAGCGCAAUAACCAAACUUGAUAAAACUCAGCAUAUUAGGGAGCCUACAAGGAAUGAGCCUACUAUUCAAAGUACGGAAUUCAACUUAAUUAAACGGUCGAGUAAAUUGAAACUUGAUAAUGUUGUUAAAGUUUUGGAAGACACCGCGCACCAUGUAAAGAUAGGUAAGAAGCUGAAGAAAAGUCAGGACGCAGAUAAAAUCUUAUCGAAACCGUUGGAAAAGCCUCAAGCUGCACGUAUUAAAAGGUCAACUGGUUAUGAAGAAACAAAGAAGAAAGUGGGCCGGUGGGACCCAGUUGUUGCUAGAAAUAGGACUGUAGAUUACGUUUCCUUUCCUAUAAAACACUUUCCGAGUAAAUUACAGCCCACAAAUGAUUUCUUAUCGAAACUUAAGCUAAAAUCUCCCUUGGAAAAGGAGUUGGAAGAGAUAGAUCCCCCUCCUGAAUCAAAAGAAGUAGUAGAAGAAGAACAGUUAUAUCCAAUGAGCUAUGAAGAAAUGCUUGAGCAUAGACAAAGCACAGCAAAGUUAAGAGCUCAACAGUCAUAUAAGGCUGCUAAAGAAAAGAGGCAAAGUAAAAUUAAGAGUAAAAAAUACCAUCGCAUCCUGAAGAAAGAAAGGCUCAAACACCAGUUAAAGGAGUUUGAAGAAUUACAAAUUAAGAAUCCUGAGGAAGCUCUCAAAAAGUUAGAAGAACUUGAAAAAUCUAGGGCUUUAGAAAGACACACACUAAGACAUAAAAACACAGGAAAAUGGGCAAAAAGCAAACUGGUUCGAGCUAAAUACGACAAAGAGGUAAGGCAACAACUAGCAGAACAAUUGUCUGUAAGUAGAAGCUUAACACAUAAAGCACAAGAUACCCAGAGUACUGAUGAUGAAGCAGAUGAUACAGAGAAUAUUCCAGAUGUAACUCUAGCACAGGACCCCUUAAACCCCUGGAUGAUGAAAAGUUCUGACAAGAGUAAUGUGGAUGAAGAGUUUAACUUUGGAUACAAGAAGUAUCUUAAUGAUAAAAUGUUCAAGCAAGCUGAGAUUGAUUCGGAUUCUGAUCAAGAAAAUUUAAAACAAACCCAUAAUCACAACAUUGAAUCGCCACUGGGACUUCUUCCAGAAAGUGAGAAAAGAUUAUAUAAUAUUGAUAAUCCAAAAGAUUCUAAAAAGGAAGAAAAGCCUGAUAAGAAGAAAAAUAAUAAUGUUAAAAUAGUAACACCUAAAUUAGUAGCUCAAAAUAGUGACCAAACCAAAAAAUUGCCAAUAAAGUCAAAAAAGAAGUCUAAAAAAAUAAUUGCAACUACUAGUUGGGUUGUUGAAGAAUUAGGUGUAACAUCAAAAUCAAUUAUCACACCAAUCGAAGAAGGAAAAGCAUCAGAAGAUAUUUCAAAUGUUUUUGAUAGAUAUGAAAACAAAGUUGUUGGACAAGUGGAGCAUAAAUUGAAAGAGUUAAGAAAGCAAAUUAGCAAGAUAGGUAAACAAUCAAAUCAGCAAAAUAAAGAGGUGACUGAAGAUAAGGCUGAACAUGAUAACCUUGAAUACUUGAAGUUAAAGAAACAAAAUCCUAAGCCCCAAAUUGAUGAGGAAUUAAUAGAAACACAUAAUGGUAUAGGUUUAAAGGAAAUCGAACCAUCUUUAUUAAACAUAAUUACACCAACAGAAAAUCCUUCACAACAAAAUAUGAACAUGGAUAUUGAUCCUACUAGAUUUAUUGAAGUGAAACCCAAGUUUUUAAACACAGCUGUUUCAAGAAGAGAAAAUUAUAUUGACGAUUUAGAUGAUGAUGAUGAACAAGUUGUCCCAAAGGUUGAUAUUGAGGAAGUUUUUGAAGAGGAUGAUGUUGUUGACAGCUUUAGACAAGAGAAAGAAGAUGAGAUAAAUCAAGAUAUACCAAAAGGUGUUGAUCUUGCCCUACCAGGAUGGGGUAGUUGGGGUGGUAAAGGUGUAAAGGCAACCAAGCGCAAAAGAAACAGGUUUAUAGGCAAACUACCUCCCAAGACAUCAAGACGUGAUGAAAAUAAAGGUGAUAUCAUUAUAAACGAGUUCAAAAAUCCUAAACUUGCUGCUCAUAAAGUGUCAAACUUACCUUUUCCUUUUACUAGUGUUAAGGACUAUGAAGCAUCUAUUAGGACACCUAUAGGUAAUACUUUUAUACCUGAGACAGCUCAUAAGAAACUUAUCAGGCCGAGUGUUAUUACUAAAGCAGGAGCCGUUAUAGAACCAAUGGAUGAAGAUGAACUACUUGUUAAAAAAAAUCGUACUUUUAAUAAUAACUCUAUUUUGAAGUUAUUUGCUAAGAAAUAAAAUCCAAUUAGUUACUUAACGUA